CUGGUGCACACAACUGAUACACACACCUGGUGCACACAACUGAUACACACCUGGUGCACACCUGAUACACACCUGGUACACACCUGGUGCACACACCUGGUGCACACAACUGAUACACACCUGGUGCACACCUGUGCCCCUUGCUACCUGUGCUGCUGUGACGGUCCUCUGACAGACAGGUAAUUCUGUUUGUUUCCUCCUGCAGACCUGAGAUGAAGCCGCUUGAAAAAGAGAUUGAGGUCUCCUUAAAGUUCCCAGAUAACUUUGAGAAGUUGUCUCCUCCCAUCCUUCAGUUAGAUGAGCUGGAGUUUUACUACACUCCGGACCGUCCUCUCUUCUCUGGACUCAACGUGUCGGCCGACCUCGAGUCUCGCAUCUGCAUCGUCGGUGAAAACGGCGCGGGUAAAACCACCGUCCUGAAGCUGCUGAUGGGUGACUUAACGCCGGUCAACGGAAUGAGACAAGCCCACAGGAGCCUGAAGAUCGGUUACUUCAGUCAGCAUCACGUGGACCAGCUGGACAUGAACGUCUGCUCUAUAGAGCUGCUGCUCAACCGCUUCCCCGGUCGGCCAGAGGAGGAGUACCGGCACCAGCUGGGCGGGUACGGGAUCACUGGUGAACUCGCCACGAGGCCGGUGGCCAGUCUGUCGGGGGGGCAGAAGAGUCGCGUGGCCUUCGCUCAGAUGACCAUGCCGUGUCCAAACUUCUACAUCCUGGACGAGCCGACCAAUCAUCUGGACAUGGAGACCAUCGAGGCUCUCGCAAAGUCCCUCAACAAGUUCAGAGGCGGGGUCAUCCUGGUGUCUCACGACGAGCGUCUGAUCCGCAUGGUGUGCAAGGAGCUGUGGGUGUGUGAGCACGGGAAGGUGGGCCGCAUCGACGGAGGCUUUGACGAGUACCGGGACAUCCUACACGAGCAGUUCAAGAAGGAGGGUUACCUGUGAGGCCCCGCCCAUUUACCUGUGAGGCCCCGCUCAGUGCCUCAACAAGCCCCUGUUAUAGCAGCCAAUCAGCAGCCUGGAGGACGUUUUUUUUCUUUCCUCUGAACUGAUGUGCUGCAGGCCGAUUGGUCGAUUUCCCCUGGUGAUGUCAGUGAACUCUGGAGGAGGCGGAGUCUAUUUAAAGUCCAUCGUCACAUUAAACCUUUUUUCUGUAUCAUCGACUCUUUUAAAAGGACCCAACCUUAUAUUUACAUUCAGACACAAAACAAAUAAAUCCAUCAGAUCAUGGUCUGUUCUUCUUCUGCUGA